UGUGCUCCGAUUAGUCGAUGGUUGGGUGCAAUGGCGGUGUGGAAGGUUCUCGAUUGGGCCCUGGUUUUGUGGCAGUUGUUCGGGCUCUUGAAGGCUGAUUCUCGAGGUACACAGGAACCUGACGGGAUGCUGUCACCAAAAGAUGCUGCAUUUCCAUCUACUAGCCUGGCUGCCACCCUGGGCACUACCCCUGCUUAUCGUGCAGACUCAGUAACCACGGAACUGUCCUACCUGUCAAACUGUCCCAGUGCUGGACUUUGUGGGAAAUUGCCUCCAGUUUGCAUGAAUUGUUCACUGAAUUGGAACUGCAUCUAUGGAAAAGAAACGUUAUUCAACUGUACAGUCAAGCCAGGUGUACAGUGUGUUGAUGAAAAUAAGAUGAAACAGAAAACAUUUCAAAUUGCAAUGAUCUGUCAAUUCUGUUGGCAACUGCCACCUACUGAAUACCGGUGCAAAAACACGACCAAAUGCAAGACGGUGCAGUGCCCACGCAAACAUUUUAUUUUCAACUGCACAGCUUUGGAGCACGUGCAUUGUCUUGGAAAUCGUACAUUUCAAAAGAAGAUGUAUUGCAAUUGGACAGGAGGUUACAAGUGGUCAACUGCAUUAGCUCUGAGCAUCACAUUGGGAGGGUUUGGAGCUGACCGCUUCUAUUUGGGCCAAUGGAAAGAAGGUCUUGGCAAACUCUUCAGCUUCGGAGGGCUUGGAAUAUGGACCUUGAUAGAUGUUCUGCUGAUUGGGAUUGGGUAUGUUGGACCUGCAGAUGGCUCUCUCUACAUCUGAACUAUCCAAGAAGCUUCAUUCUAUGAUGGCCCUGAAUUAAUAAGUGACGGCACCAUGUUGAAUUAUGGAACACUAGUUGCUGAUAAGUCGGAAAAUCUGCUGCUGUUGUGUACAAUAUUUGUACAGAAUCAUUGUUGCCUGCCUUUGCCAAGGCGAGGAUUUGCAGACAAUUCAGCAAGAAUGCAAUCUGUUGCUUUUGGGUUUUGCAGGAUAACAGUGACUAUGAUGAUCAUUGAAAUGAUUAAUGAAGGAAUCCUUUAGAACCUGCGGUGGUUUGUUGCUUUUUCCUGAUCAUUUCCUUCUGUGGAGGGCUGUAGACAAUUUAAUAUGGCAUGGAUUCAAUAUUUUCCUUAAAAAGCUAUUAAAAGUAACAAACCUGUCAAAGUGGAAUUUGACAAAAUAUGGAAUACUGUGGAUAUAAACAGCAAAAACAUUUAGCACUGUAGUAUUCUUUGAGUGGAAUGUUAAUAUAGAUGGUUUUAAUUAUGCUAGAUUGCAAAUCAUUUGGGCACAUAAGGAACAUUGUUGGGUGUUCCAGGAUUGCUGUGACAUGACAGCAGCUCCUGCUGUGCCUUGGGGAAUCAGGUUGACUAUUCGCUUCCAGUGUGAUUCAUUGUACAUGCUAGGCAACCUCUGAUAUACACUGUAAUUGCAUGUGACAGGUUCAACUCAGCCUCCCUUAGUUAUCAUACUGGAUUCUCUGUCAGCAGUACAUUUGAUUUUUUGCUAAAUGCCUUACGUGGACAUCCUUUUGAAAGCCUUCCCACCACUAGACUAAAUAUUUCUGAACGUUUGUGAAUGUUAAACAGAUGCACUUAAGCAGCUGAAUAGAAGAUUUUUCUUCAGAAUCAUAAUGAAAUCUCAUGUUCAUUUAGAGUCACAGAUGUACAGAAUGGAAACAGUCCACACCAACCAGAUAUUUCCAACUCAAUCUAGUCCUGCCUACCAGCACCCAGCCCAUAUUUCUAAGCAACCAAAAAGUGUGUACAGCUUGCCAAUUAAAUGGCGCACAAGCCCUACAUACCUCCAUGCUCCAGAGGAACCUUGAUUAUCCAAGCAAGAUGGAUGGGUACCUUCAUAUGGAUAAUUGAUUAUUCAGAUAACCAAUUUGACCUUAAACAAAGGAGUUGUUAAAUUUAUACUUUUGAUGAAUCUGCUAUUUAAACAAACUAAUCUUGGCAUUCUGCAAACUGCAAGUUAAACUGAAAACUAAACCCUUACCCCCUCAAAAACAUAUGAAAUCCCAGCAUUAAGCAAGAUCCCAAACAGCUUCUGCAAUCACAUGAGCAUGUCAGUUUCUGAACACAUGAUAGAAAGACAAAAGCCAUUUAUAUAUUUUUUUUAAAAGGGUGUGAAAUUUCUACAGGCUGACAAUCUGAGAACUUAAGAACAGAGAAAGUUGAUAUGCAACUCACUUGUGCUCCCUUCUCAGAAGGGCCUUGUGCAUGCAUUUACAUUAUCAUCUUUUUUCAGUAAAGUGAUGGGAAUACCCUGUAAAGCACUUACUUUUGCAAGGGGCUGUGUGACUAACCUUUCUCAAAAAAAAAAAUUCUUGUCACUGAUCUUGGUGCUUGUGUUUUUGCCAGCACCAGCACUUUCACAUGUUCUUCAAGUACAGGUCAUCAGAAUAUUCAAUACACUUUGUAAUGUUUUUGCAAGACCUUAACAUGGUCUUUAUCUAAGUCAGAUAAUUGAUACUCAGAUAAGAGGUUCCUGUAUUACAGCUUGCUUAUCACUAUCAUUUGAAGAGCAUUAUUAAACACUUUUGAAUAUGCAAUUCUGAUAACCUUUGAGGCAGUAUGGUGGUUAGUAAUUUGUAGGCAAUGCAGUUAGUGCUAAUUCAGAAGAAAGGUGUAUUAAUCAGGGCAUGUGUACACCCAUGUGGUCAGUUGUGCCUUUGACAGUUUUCCCAAUUGGAUCACUGCUCAGUUUCUCUAAGAUCUUAAUUCCAUUAAGUUGUCAUUUUUCAAUAAAUGAAUUGUGGCUGUCAACCCUUGUUCCUACUUGACAAGCAAGAAAAGAUACUUCACUUGGAUUUAGCCCAAUUUUCACAACUCUUAUCUUCCUUGUUCUAGUUUUAAUUCCUAAUUUACCACAUCUACAUAUAAAUGUAGAUUUUAUUUCAGGUACAAGCUCUAGUUUCUGCUAUAUGUUUACAAGUACAAGUAAAUAGUGGCUGCUGCUAUCAAACUCAGGUAGAGCCACUUGGCUUAAAGUAGUGAGAAACAGUGGCAUGCUGGUAGGGGAUGGAG